UCAGCAUUGUGAUUGGUCAGUACUUGUGCUUCCGUUGUAGAUCCAGUGUUGCAUCUGAAGUGGCUGUUUCAGCGAUAAACUGAUAUAAAAGAGACACAUAUUGUUUGACAUCAUGACGACACUUGAUGAUAAGAUCCUUGGGGAGAAGCUGCAGUAUUACUACAGCAGCAGUGAGGAUGAAGAGAGCGAUCAUGAGGAAGAGGAGAACGCAUCCAAAAGCAUCCGAGACCAGGAGGUGCUGGAUGUGGAACUGGACUACAGCGCAGAUGGCAGUUCGGUCAACACUGGGCCGAAGGGAGUGAUCAAUGACUGGCGUAAAUACAAACAGCUGGAGAACGAGCAGCGCGUGGAGCAGCAGAAAGAGAUGGAGCGACUCAUCAAGAAACUCAGCAUGACCUGCAAGUCACAUCUAGAAGAAGAAGCCGACAGACAGAAACAGAAGGAGCUGCAGGAUAAGAUCGCAGGCAAAAUGAACCUCCGUGUGGAUGAUGAAGAAGAAGAGGAGGAGGAUGAUGAUGAUGAUGAAGCCUUCCUCCAGCAGUAUCGGCUGCAGCGCAUGGAGGAGAUGCGGCGGCAGGUGUGUGGAGGGCGGCGCUUCGAAAAGUUGAUUGACAUCUCAUCGGGGGAGGAGUUCCUGCGUGCCGUAGACGAGGAGGGCAAGAACACUCUGGUGCUGGUCCACAUCUACGAGCCAGAGGUGCCCUCCUGCCAGGCCAUGGAUGGAAGUCUGCUCUGCCUCGCACUGCAGUACCCAAUGGUGAAGUUCUGUCGAGUCCAGGGCUCUGCGGUCGGCACCAGCGCUCUUUUCCGCAGUUCAGCUUUGCCGGCCCUGCUGCUGUACCGUGGCGGUGAUCUGGUGGGGAAUCUGGUGCGUGUGUCCGAUCAGCUCGGAGAUGAUUUUUACGCCACAGACGUCGAAGCCCUGCUGCAGGAAUAUGGGCUUCUUCCCGAGAAAUACACACAGUCAAACAAACACUCAUCUAUUCGCAAUGCCGCUGUCACUCACCCUGACGAUUCUGACAGCGACCUGGAUAUAGACUAAAUGUGUGAUGUCUGUAUACAUACAUGCACACCAAAAUAUACACUCUUGUAUACUUCCACAUAGUGAUUCAGACCCAAUACAGUGACCAAAAGCAAACAAUGGCUGCAGCUAAGUAAAAUGUGAGAUACACUACUGUAAACUCUGGAUCUAGGCAUUUCACAGAUCAUGAUUACUGGAACAAUACAGUAGAUAUCAUUAGAUGUGUUUAUAUGUGUGUCUUAUUUCUGACACUUCCGGAAUCGGGAUGGUUUCUUUAUGCAAAAAAAAUGCAAAACCCUUCAGAGAAUCCUGCAUCGAUGUUUCACUAUUUAUUAUAGUUUUAGAUGUAUGUGUUUGUUUAUUUGUGUGUUCUGGACAUAUUAGUUUGCUUUAGCCUCUGUUAGUUUUAUACAUUUUGUAAACAUAUCCAUCAAGACAAUUGCAUAAAAUAAAAACAUGAUUGUAAAUAGA